UCAUUCACUCGAAAAUUCGGUUUUUAGAGAAUUUAACCGUUUAUUAUUUCGUUCAUUGUUUGUUAAUUAAUUCGUCCAUGAAAGAGACGAACACAGACACACAAUGUCGUCCGAAACAAAUGUUCAAUCUGAUUUAACAAAAGAACAACAACAACAACUUCAAGAAGAAGAUAUUGCCAUCGUUGAUGAUAUUACUGUACUUGAUAAACCUAAUGAUGAUGGUGAUGAGCCUAAAAAUAUUGAAAUCGCCGACAUAGAUGGUGAUAAUAUUGUAGCACCGAUCCAGAAGGAAUCGGAAAAAAGUACUGCUGAAAAUGUUCCAUCUGGAACGGUGGCCAAGAUAAUUACUAUUAUGAAUGAUGAUAUCGAUGAUGAUGACGAUGAUGAAGAAUUCGAAGAUGAAACUAUUGUCGAAAGAUUGAUUGGUUUGACUGAAAUGUUUCCAGAACCGGUACGAAAUUAUACCUGGAAAUUUAGUACUGGUUCAUAUAGCUUUGCAAAAGCUUUCUAUGAAUUUAGCCGUUCAGCUGUAUGGAUCAUAUCGACAACGGCAAUCAUUUUGGCCGCACCGGUUCUAAUUGAAAGUGAAAAAUCUCAAUUAGAAGAAAUGAAUCGUCAACAACAACGUCAGAUCUUGUUGGGACCAAGUGCAUCAGGUGCUACACCAUCUUUAACACCACCAACAUUGAAAUAAACAACACAGGUCAACAUUAUAAUAUGAUAAAAAUCAAUCAAAUAUCGCCAAUAUAGUUAUCACAAAAUGGCCAUAUAUUUACUACUUUUUUUUCUCGAUAAAACAAAAAAAACCAACAACGCCUUUCUAUUUCGCUCAAAAAAAAAAAAAUUUGGACCAUGUGAAUCGAUGAAUUUGUUUUGUUUUGUUUGCCCACCACCCUUUCUCAAAUAUUCAAACAAAAUGUAUUAUUUCCGUUUCUGUUCACAUCGUUGUUUCGUCAUUGUUUCGUCAUACUAAACAUCGAAAAAAUUGAAUAUUUUUUUCCCAUAUAGAAUAGCUUUGCAGUUCCAUUUAAUAGUCAAGCAAAAAAAAAAAUUUCCUGAAGAGAAAAAAUAUUGAUCCAAUCAUCAUUUUGUUGUAUAAAACAAUAAUAAUAAUAAUAAUAAUGUAUAGAAAGUCAAAUAAAAACUAUUCUUUUAGUCGUUU